CAAUCGUACGACCGGUGUCAAUCAAUGAAACACGCCACGAUACGGUAGUACGACGGCGCAUCACCCCGGGUUGACACCAAGGUGAAGAAUAGAAUCAAAUAAAAAAAUAUUGAAAAAAUCUUCCCUCGCCAAACGAGAAACCACGAGAGCAACAACACAAACCACAAUCAACAACAACAACCAAAAACACGCGACGAUAACUCCAAUUAUCUAUACUGUAGCCAUGACCAUGAUCACGUCCCUGGCAACAGCUGCCUCUCCGGUCGGGAGGAGAAUAGCCACCCCGGCAGCACAGGCAACAGCAACAGCAACAGCAGCAGUCGCAGUCGCAGUCGCAACACCUUCGACACUUGCACCCGCAUUGGCAUCGACCCCGGAAGCGACGCCUUCCUUCCGCUCGUUUUCCACCGAGCGACCACCGCGCGCCCCAUCGAUCUCCACCCGCAUCACGGACCUCUUUGGGUGCGAGCACCCGAUCGUCCUCCCGGGCAUGUCCUGGAUCUCCACGCCGGAGCUGGUGGCGGCGGUCUCGAACGCCGGGGGCGUCGGCAUCCUGGCCACCGGCCCGCUGUCGGCUUGCGAGACAAGGGCCUCGAUCCGCAGGGUCCGGUCCCUGCUGAGGGACCCGGACCUCCCCUUCGGGAUCGGGGCCACCCUGCUCAUGCCGGGGGCCCACGAGAACGCAGGGGUGGCCCUGGAGGAGGAGGUCCCCGUCGUCAACGUCUCCCUCGGAAAGGCGGGCUGGAUCCGGGACGGCCUGGACGCCUACGGGGGAAAGCUCCUGGCCACCGUGACCAACCGUGUCCACGCGGCCGCCGCCGUGGAGUCCGGGGCCGACGCCCUCAUGGCCACGGGCCACGAGGCGGCCGCCCACGGGGGCGACGUCACCUCGCUGGUGCUGGUCCCGGCGCUGGCGGGGGCCUUUCCGGAGACCCCCCUGGUGGCGGCCGGGGGCUUUUGCGACGGAAGGGGCCUGAACGCGGCCCUGGUGCUGGGGGCGGACGCCGUUGCGAUGGGCACCCGGAUGGCCGUGACGGAGGAGAGCCCCCUGGCGGGUGCCACGAAGGAGGCGAUCGUGACCGCCGGGGAGGCCGAGACGAUCUACGGGGACAACUUCGACGGGAUCCCGGCGCGGGUCCUCGCGACCGAUGCCUCCGCCAAGGCGAUGGGAUCCCGGCCGCUGCCGCCGGUGGUGGCCUACCGGGCCUUUUGCGCGGCCAGGGGCAUGGGCAUCCCGCUGUGGAAGGUCCUUCCGGGCCUCCUGACCCAGUGGAACAAGAUGUACGCGGUGGCCCAGUUCGGCGCGGCCACGGAGGCCAUCGUGGCGGCGACCGUCGGGGGGGACGUGGCCGGAAAGGGGGUCCAGUUUGCCGGGCAGUGCCAGGGGCUGAUCCACGACGUGCCGGGGGUGGAGGACCUGGUGCGGCGGGUCGUCGAGGAAUCCCUCGCCGUGCAGAGGGCGCAGGCCGAGCGGCACCGAAGGUGGCCCGGCGGGACCCACCACGGGGGGGACUACUAUCCGUUCGAGUGAGCACUGUGAGCACACGGGCCGGAAACGAAACGAAACGAACGCGGGAUCCAAAGCUCUCUGCGAGCCGUCGGCAGGUGUGCGUGCGGCUUGCCAAGAGAUCGGUCGUCGGUGCUGCAACUACUGUACUAGUAGUUGAUCGGGUUCUUUUGUUUUUGCUGCAGCAGCAGUCUGUUGCUGCUGCUGCUGCUGUAUAUACUCUAGUAUUACAAUGUAGCAGUGUCUUUUUCCAGUCGGCAAGAACUGGCAAUGUAUACUUGCGGUGACAGGAUUCUUGUGCCACCUAGUAGUAGACAAAAGCUCGUGUCUUGAUUGCAGGACUCGGCAUGUUCCUCCACUUCCUUCGUAGAACAAAGCGACAUGAGAGACGAUCAAUACCGCAAUAGUCCAUGCCAACGAAUCGAUCUAUACCACUGCAUUUCUCCGUCUGCUGUCCUCCUACAAUCAAUUCUGUCUUCACAG